AUUGAGAAGGUGGACGUCAGCGGAUUCCACAAGUGCAGGAUUCACUGGUUCUAUCAACAUAAUUUGAUUCGCUUGAUUGCACAGGUGUCUGCAUAAAAGCACAGCUCAUUUUUCGCUUUUUCAGUCUAUGGAUUUUCUGCAGCUGCUAUCAUGUGCGUGCAUCAUAUUCACCGUCGGGAUGUUCACGACGGGAUUGACCGACUUGAAGAAAAUGAAGACCACACAGAGUGCAGAUAACAUUCAGUUUCUGCCCUUCCUCACCACAUGCUUGAAUAAUCUAGGUUGGCUGUACUAUGGAUUAUUAAAGGGAGAUGGAACAGUGAUAUCUGUAAACAUCAUUGGGGGCUUUUUACAGACCUUAUACAUCAUCACUUACUGUCAUUAUACCAAAGACAAGAGGCGAGUGUUCUCGCAGACGCUGACGAUGGUGAGUGUGUUGUGUGUAGGCUGGGUUUAUUUUACUGUGAUGAUUCCUCCUGGAGAAGCUCAACUCUCUCAGCUGGGCCUCACCUGCAGUGUGUUCACCAUCAGUAUGUACCUCUCUCCACUCACUGAUCUUUUGGAUAUUGUGCGAAAUAAGUCUGUGGAGCGCUUGUCUUUUUCCUUGACCGUCGCUACAUUUUUCACAUCCACGUCAUGGACGCUGUAUGGCCUUCAACUGCGUGACUAUUAUAUAAUGGUGCCCAACACCCCUGGCAUCUUUACUAGCAUCAUUCGCUUCUUCCUCUUCUGGUGGUUCGGAGCUGUCAUUACAAACAAGUCCUCUUAUAAACUGAUCCAAAUCUGAGAGAGGAAACCAAAUCUGGUUUCCUUCACAUCAGACUUCCAUGAUACCUUCUGAACUCAAACUUCUAGUGAAACUGCCUCUUUGAAUUUUGUGAAGACAGACUAUUUUUACUUUGUCUAUUUAGUCAAAAGGGUAGUUAAAUCAUGUCACCAUUUACUCAUCAUUAUGUUGUUCCAAAUCUGUGUGACUUACUUACUUUUGUGGAACAGUCAAUGGUAAACAAAGCUGUUUGGCUGCCAACAUUUCUCAAAAUAACUUUUUUUUU